AUGUUGACAAAAUGUUUCAUUAUCAAGCAACCAGACGAGCGCACAGCACUCAUUCCUACACCCAUAGAACCAAUCGACCAGCUGCCUCUUAUCGAAGAUGAUUCCAACUACUUGAAGGACCAGCUGUUUGCCGCUCACCGUGAUGCUGCCAGUCGAAUGGUGAAUGUAGAGGCAGACCAUCCGUUCGUCAUAGUCCCUACACACGACUCUUCAUAUUCCCACUCCGAGUCCCGCUCUCCAUCCCGUUCGAGCUCACGACACUAUGAGUACGAAGCAAGGUCGAUAUCUCCAGACCGCCACGGGAGAGAAGAGAGCUUAGAUGAAGAUGUGUUCCAUGUUCAUAUCGAGGGUAUUCGCUUCUUGCGACCAGAGGUCAUGCGAGGGAGGUCCGGGUCUGUCAGUAGGGGGAGGCCGAGGCUCGAUCUAAGGAACGGAAGCGUUAGGGGAUCCAGGGAGAACGUUAUACCUGUGCCAGGCGAAGGUUUAUCUUCAUACGACACGCAGAUACCAACCCCCACUCAACCAUUACAAAAUCCAAUGGAAACACCACUUGUUCUCAAAGGCAAGUCAGUAGUGCGUGGAUUCCCACCUGUACACGAAGUGAUGGGUACUGGCGAGGGAGACUACUACGGCUGA